AUGAUUUUAUUAACGUCUUAUCAUAGGGUGGCUGAAGCACAAGCCUAUUGGCCGGAUAGCCUGCGCGCGUCCUACGGCCGGCGCACAAAAUAUGGCGAUUACUUUAACGCUCUACAUGGCAGCAAGAAUCACGCCGAAGCUUUGCGGGAAAUUCACUUUUUCUUUCCUAACAUGAUAGUGGGUCCACUACUUCGGCACUGGCAAGUAAACGACUACAUUCAAAAGCACCUCGUGGGAACAUUGCAACCAGCGCUGGCCGCCCUCGCCAGAGAGCGACCCGCUGAGCCAAUACUAUGGCUGGCUGAAUAUCUGCUCAAGAAUAAUCCCAAUGAACCCGCUCUGGGGCCACAAAGUCAAGAAAUUAGAGACGAUCCUCGCUGUCAUACGCCUGUUCCUUCUGAGAUUUCGACCAGAGAUUAA